AUGGCGCUGCCGGCGCUCCUGCGGUGUUCUGGGCAGAUAGGCUCCGGUCCAAGCUGGGCAGAGGUGAGGGGGAACCUGUCCUUCUACACUGCCAUGAACCUCGCCUCAAGAGACAUCACAGUGGACACGCAGUCCCCGCGAUACUGGGAGCUUCUAGAUGUAUGGAGGAAGAUUGACGGUAACCCUGUCCUGUCGCAGCAAGCAUCGAAUCAGUGCCCUGUUGGCUAUCUGACCUUGAAACUCCUGGGCUUCGUCUCCCUACGAGCCGAGGUGAUACUGGCGGAGCUUCUCAAGCUUGAAGGGGUGAUGAUCCAUCCAAUAUUGCGAUGUCUGGCCUCCACCUUGGACUGGCACAAAGUGGCCGACCUGGGAUGGCCCCUCUUCCGGCUGCUGGCCCGAGUCGAGAGUCCUGCUCACAACGAGCUUGGGAUGACCAACCCCUUGAACACCUGGUCCGAAGCAAACUGGUUGAGCGAAAUGCCAUACCUGGAGCUGGUGCAAAGACACCUUGAUGAAGGCAUCGCAGUCCCAGCAGCUGCAAGCGGCUUGCUGCUGUCCUACCCAGAUCGGAUUUCUCCCUACAGCCGUGCUACCGCGCUGCUGGCACUGGCCGAGGUGCUUCGGCCUCCACGCGUAGCCCCUGACCUCGUCGGAGAAGCUGAGCGGUUGAUUCGGCGGGCAGUGUAUAUUUUGUCUGAAGACUUUUUGGCGCCGAAAUACCCGCCAUUGGUGCCCCUGACCUCCCACUGGCCCGUCUUCCAACUCGCGGACCGAUUGGCUUGCAAGGGCGAAGUUCGCUGGAAUCUGCCGGCACAAGCAGCCCGCAGCAGACCGCGUGUCGCAGUGCUGCCGAUGCCAGAAAAGGUCUCUGAUGUUGUCCGCUCCUGCAGCCUGCCCUACUGUGACCUUAACUUCUUCGAGCUGGUAUUAAGGGCUGUGGCCGCAUCAGCAAGGAAGAGGCUGCAUCUCGUCGAGGUCGGUGCAAACCUUGGUGACUGCACCUUCUGGGCGGCAGCGCACCUGGGCAGGCGCUUCACCUCUGCCACAGCAGUCGAGCCUGUGCCGAGUGCAGCAGCGGCCGUCCGACGAAGUGUCACGAUAAACGGCUGGGAUUUCAUCCAGGUUGUGCAAGCAGUCGCCGGUGCCAAAGCCGGAGAGGGCUCAAUGCACUUCCUUGCACACAGUGCUGGAAAUCCCUAUGCGAGCGCUUCUGCGGUGCCGCUGCGAGACGUCGAGACACCCUCCGUGCCUGUGCGAAUGACAACUGUGGCACACCUGUUGUCCUCGCAGCCGCGACCUGGAACGGCGCGGCUGCUCAAGCUGUACGCCUACGCUGAUCUCCUGGAUGUGCUGAAGGGAGCAAAGUCGGCGGCAAGAAAGGUGGAUGCUGUGUGGCUGGCAUUUGCGGCUGGGCUCUUGCCCCGACCCCGGUCAGCAGCGGUGGCCAUGUUUGCAUUUUUCUACCAUCAGGGCUUUCGAGUGGCAUUGCCAAGCUUUGAGGUCGACUGGUGCAGAAGUUGGCGGCCGCGAUGGGUAGCGGAACAAAAGAUGAGGCAAUGGCUUGCCGCAACGCAGACCAGCAGAAGUGCACAUUCCAUGGUCUAUGUGGUGGCGUUCCGGCCGCGGGUGCUUCACUGCAAGCCUUGGCAAAGCUUCAAGCAGCAUGCAGAUGAAACCCGUGUUUGGGAUCGUGCCGGCAUCGCGAAUGGCUGCUUUUUCGGACGCUCUCGGCGGCAGCUGCUUAUGGCAAAGCGGCACGGUGCCACCUAUGCGUCCUACUUCCUCGGCGACGAAGAACUGGAGCUGGAACAGCAGAUCAGGGAGGAAAAAGUAGUAACAAGGCUUGACUUCUUCCACGACUCUGAUGGUGACAUCCACCCGCCGCAGCUGCCGUUCGAAGACGAUGACCGUGCCCAGCGCUGGUUUCAUCGAAAGUUGAAGAGCAAAGAUGGAAGCAAGAUUCGAGCGAAGCUUUGCAACAAGCUCGCGCUGCAGCUGCAGGGCAUGGGCCACGAGCUCAUAGGGCGGGACGCCAUCGAGCGCGUUUCUGAAGCUCUAACGCAGGGCACUGCAGAGGAGGGCCCUCUCGUCUGUAGCAUGCUGGCGAAGGAGCUAGAAGGAACUCGCUUUGAUCACCAUUGGGUUUCCCAGGACGGAAAAGGUCGCUACCGCCUGGGUGAGGACGGCAUGAAAGUGGCCGUACAGGUGCUGGACGGUAAGCUUCUGAUUCAUGGCUACUUCGAAGGUUCCUUGGUCCAUCCUGUCCGCAUUCCAAUCCUUGCUUUUCUGACGGAGCAUGGUAAAACCUCAGAGAAACAGCCCGAAGAUGAUUGUGAUCUCUUCGGUCAAGCUGCGCCCGCAACAGGUGAGAAGGAGGGAGGGCAGAUACGGCUGCGCUCCCGCUCACGCAGCCCACGGCCAAGCAAGGUGCAGGAAACCCCAGCGCAGGGUGGGCCAUUGCCAUUGCCACCGGGAUGGGUCAAGAAGGAGUCGCGCUCGAAGCCCGGCGUUUUCUACUACGCCAACGAGGCGAAGGGGCUAACGCAGUUCGAGCGGCCGACCUCGUAA